AUGCAAUUUAAUGCUUCCACACUACCGAUGCCUUCUAUCAUAUAUACAUUACUCAAAACACAUCUUGUGAAUGCAAAAAUAUCCGGGUUAGGUUCACAUGGAGACCAAGAAGCUCAGAAUAGCACUCCAAGUCCAAGUGCUGUUGGUGAUUGUCAUGAUGAUGGCUUCGCCUAUCAUGAGUUGUCCACCCACAGAUGGAAAGGGCUGCAAAGACUGCAUUGUAAACCAGAUGAAAAACGCUUGUCCAUACUGCACUACAAUACUACGCUGCAUGGCUCGCUGCUUGUGGGAUGGCAGUUCAAGGCCCAAUUGCAUCAAGAAAUGCAACAGCAACGACGCUUACCCAACACUCUCAGACUGCAAGAGAUGCAUGUCCAAGUGCAGGUGCAGCUGUGUCAACUAGCACACCUCCCCCACCAAAAUGAUCACACUAUCUAUCAUCUAAGUUACUUGUUUUGGCUCCUUAACUGUGUUUUUAAAUAUGUACUAGUUAAAAAGUCCAAGUAUCUUGAACUUGUUCUGAAUUUGCUAUCAUCUAAAUUACUUGUUCUUCUGGCUCCUCCACUAUGUUUUUUACUGUAUAUGAGCUAUAAUUUGCACUUGUUCAGAAUAUGCCGUCAUCGGUUCACUCUAGAAAGUUGA